UUUAUAGCCUCGCUCCCGGCAUCCUUUGCUCUCUUCUACCAGCUCGGGCCAACAUGGGUCGUGUCAGGACAAAGACCGUUAAAAAGGCAGCUCGGGUCAUAAUUGAAAAAUAUUACACCCGGCUUGGUAAUGACUUCCACACAAACAAGCGUGUGUGCGAGGAAAUCGCCAUCAUCCCCAGCAAGAAACUGCGCAACAAGAUCGCUGGGUACGUCACACAUCUUAUGAAGCGCAUCCAGAGGGGACCUGUCAGAGGUAUCUCCAUCAAACUGCAGGAGGAGGAAAGAGAGAGGAGGGAUAACUAUGUCCCUGAGGUAUCUGCCCUGGAUCAGGAGAUCAUUGAGGUGGAUCCCGACACCAAGGAAAUGCUGAAGCUGCUGGACUUUGGCGGCCUUUCCAACCUGCAAGUCACCCAGCCGACUGUAGGCAUGAACUUCAAAACACCAAGGGGCACAGUUUAAAUGUUUGUAUCAUACAGUCUCCAAUAAAUUUGUUAAAAAC